CCAACUCACUUCAGUUUCCAUCCCUCAAAAUUUCUUUCUUUCUCUUUUUUGUUUUUUUUUCUCUGUUCUUCAACAUUCCCCCAUUUUCCUGACACCUGCCCACUUCUCUACUUUUUUGAAUCUUGGACUGCAGCAGAAGAAGUAGAAGAAGAAGAAGAAGAAUCUUUACUUUCUUUUCUUUGAUGAAUUCAAGACCAAAAAGGAAAAGAUGGGUACUCAAUUUUCUUUCCUUUUGAAUCACAUUUGAACUCCCCACAAUCUUUGAAAUCUUGAAUUUUUCCCUCUCCGAACUGGAGUAGUUUGUCCGGAGAAUCUUCAUUCCUUUUGAGUUCAUCGAGAUCCGUUUGUGUUCUUUACUGCAUAAUGCCAAAAAGGGUGGCUAAUUCUUAGCUCCUGACGAGAUACUAUAUCCUUUCCUUUCUCUGCAAACAAUCCGGGAAAAUCUUGUAAUUUUCAAUUUUCUAGGGGGGUGAAAAAUAGACAAUGUCAUGGCAGAAUCAAACCUUAGAGGGAAAGAGCAGGAGGGUAUGUAAGAUUCGAAAGCGGGGCUGCUCGUCAUCCUCUUCGUCGUCUUUGGCUCAUAAAUACAGAUUCAAGCGCGCAAUUUUGGUGAGGAAGAGGGCAGGGUCGACCACGCCGGUUCCCACAUGGAAAACCGGUACUAAAUCGCCGUCCGUAGCAAUGCCGGGAGCUGAAUUAUCGAAGGUUUCGCCAAACAAAACUAAGGAAGUUUCAGUUUCUGCGAGAAAGCUCGCUGCCACUCUGUGGGAGAUCAACAAAAUCUCGUCGCCGCCGGCCCCGGAAGAGUCCGAGGCAGCAAUAGACAAGACAGAUACGAGGAGCAAGGUGAGGGUUGCCGGAAUUUCUCAUACUUUGCCGCCAAAUUUGUCCGAUCCAUCACACAGUCCAAUUUCAGAGAAAAUGGAUCGAUCUAGAGGAAAUGGUCACAAGAGAAGAACUUCAGUGGUUUCCCAGAAGCUUCAAGUUGCUGAUUAUAAGUUGGGAGGCUUGGACUCCAUUAGCAAUGCCAGUGUUGAGAUUGAAACUCUAUCUAGAGGCAAAACUCAUGUUGGAUGUGUAAUCGGAACCAAAAUCCGGCUGAAGGAUGUAAGUAACGGACUAGCCACAUCUAAAGAACUAUUGAAAGUUUUGAAUCGUAUGUGGGGGCUGGAAGAGCAACCUGCAUCAGCUGUCUCCCUUGUUUCUGCCUUGCGUAUUGAGAUUGACAGAGCUAGGAUCCAAGUUGAUCAGUUGAUCCGGGAGCAACGUUCUAAUCGCGGAGAAAUCGAGUACCUGAUGAAGCAUUUUGCAGAAGAAAAGGCAGCCUGGAAGAAGAAGGAGCGAGAGAGAAUUCGUGGUGCUAUUGCUUGCAUUGCGGAAGAGUUAGAGGUGGAGAAGAAACUUAGGAGGCAAACGGAGAGAUUGAACAAGAAGCUUGGGAAAGAAUUGGCUGAUGCAAAGGCAGCCCUGUCCAAGGCAAUGAAGGAACUUGAAAGUGAGAAGAGGGCAAAAGAUAUAUUGGAACAAGUGUGUGAUGAAUUAGCUAAAGGCAUCGGGGAAGAUAGAGCUGAGGUGGAAGAAUUGAAAAGAGAAUCGGAGAAGGUGAAGGAAGAGGUAGAGAAGGAAAGGGAAAUGCUUCAGUUUGCUGAUGUAUUGCGCGAGGAGAGAGUCCACAUGAAGCUUUCUGAGGCUAAAUAUCAUUUUGAGGAGAAAAAUGAAGUUAUUGAAAAGUUGAAAAAUGAACUUGAGGCCUACCUGAGGACCAAAGGGGAGAAAGAAAGUGCCAGUGGUUCUCCAAAUUUGCAGAGGAUCAAGGAGCUCGAGGCUUAUCUAAAGGAAAUUGAUUUUGGAUCCUGUCGAACCGUAGAGAGGGAAGAUGGCAGGGCAGGAGUAGUAGAUGGAGGAGAGUGUGACAAUGGACAAUAUCGGAUUUCAGUUGACUCAGCUGACAGUGAUCUUCACUCAAUUGAAUUGAAUAUGGACAAUAAUAACAUGAGCUACAAAUGGAGCUAUGCUUGUCCAAAGGAUGUUCGAGGUGAUACAAAGAAGGUUUCAGUUGAUAAAGAAAGCAAGGGAAGAAAAUCUCUUUCUGAGAGAAUUCCAUGGGGAAGCAUUUGCUUUGAAAGAGGAAUUUCAACCUCUACCAAUUGGGACUCCCGUCCUAAAAGUCGGGAAAAGUCUGAUGGAUUGGAGAAGGAAAGGUCAUCUGAUGUUGCUUCACAGGAUCAGAUGCAGGAUGAAGAUGAAAUCAGGAGAUACAAGUCUGUUAAGAGCCUUAGAGAUCACAUAUUGUCUAGCAACAAGAUAACACCUGUGCAAAGUUUUUCCAGUCCCAGCCGGACAUGGGGUGAGACCUUGCCUUUUCAGGACUCUGGUAGCAUGAGCCCACCAAUACUGAAGGUAGAUGGUAUGAAGCAAAAGCAAACAGGAACAAGAGAUGAACGUUGAACUUCAACAGGUUCAAGAGAAUAAAUAUUAUUUCUAAUUAUUUCCUUCCCUUUCCUAACUUAUGUUCUGCAAUAUUUCCUUGAAGAUAUUCUAAAUUUUGUUUCAAUUAUCCUGAUAAAAUUGCCAAGCUCUGGAAAGAUAGACUGUACAUAGAAUGUUACACAAGGCUGUAUUCAUGUUGAAUAUUAUGCUCUGAGCACUUUAGUUUUGGCAGUAUGUUUUUCUUCAUUUCUUAUGUUUUGAGCAUUUUUUUCAGUAGUUAAAGAAACAGCACAGAGAUCA